GAACUGCAGCAUUAUAUUGCUGGCUUCUGUUAUUAGGGUUUGGAGCAACUUCGGGAAGGAGACAGAGUGCGGCGGCCGCUUCGACACUUUGCGACCAUGGUUUUGAAGACGGAGCUUUGUCGUUUCAGUGGUGCUAAGAUAUACCCUGGAAAAGGCAUCAGAUUUAUUCGUUCAGAUUCUCAGGUUUUCCUCUUUGCUAACUCAAAAUGCAAGAGGUAUUUCCACAACCGUCUGAGGCCAGCAAAGCUUACUUGGACAGCCGUAUACCGUAAACAACAUAAGAAGGACAUUGCUGCCGAGGCUGUGAAGAAGAGGCGCAGAACUACAAAGAAGCCAUACUCAAGAUCCAUUGUCGGAGCCACAUUGGAAGUUAUCCAGAAGAAAAGAAGUGAGAAGCCAGAGACUCGAGAUGCUGCACGUGAAGCAGCUCUACGUGAAAUCAAGGAAAGAAUCAAGAAAACUAAGGAUGAGAAGAAAGCUAAGAAGGCAGAAGUCAUGUCCAAGCAGAAGACCAAAACUAAUGCACCGAAAGGCGCCAUGCCUAAAGGUCCUAAGAUUGGGGGCGGCGGCGGCAAACGAUAAUUUUGUUCCUUGUUUUAAUUUCUAUUGUGAGCACUGAGACUGAGCAUACUAAAAUUGCCAUUGAUCCAUUCCAUUCCAUUCCAUUCUGCACUCUUCUAGAUUUUUAUCGUAUUUUUAUUUUAUUA